UAAAUUGUUGCUGUUGAUGGUCUUGAUGGCUGUGGCAGCGACGGCGACGGCGCGAGUCGCAUGUAAGCGCAAAAGUUUCACUUUGCCCAAGAACCAAAAUACAAUUUGGCGAAUUGUGAAAUUGGUAUUUUCAAAUAUUGCAGCUGCGAAUCCUGUAAUCAAGCCACAAUCGCAGCGCGGCAUCAUCUUUCCAACCGAAUCCUUUGACGAUUGCUUUAUGGAUAUGAUGCGUUCUGUGCCUGGUACAUGUAAGCUGCUGUUGGAUUGUCCCGGUGCACUCGAACGCUGGGACCGAGACCAUAUCGCGCCAAAGACCUGUUUUUUCGUCAAAUUCGAUCAGUAUGUAUGCUGUGCCCUAACUGACAACAUAACAACGACAAAAACCACAACAAGUCCAACAACAACUACUACUACAACAACAACAACUACGACAACAACUACAACAACAACAGAGGCGCCACUGAUUCUGCGACGCAGCGGAGAGGCUUGCGAGGAUGCUCGACCCUUUGGAGUCACGGUUGUUGACGGCGAGCCGACCACUGUCCGUGAAUUCCCCUACAUGGCAGCCCUCGGCUGGCCAUCAAGUUUUGACACACAAGUUUAUUAUCGCUGUGGCGGCAGCCUCAUCUCGCCCAAAUUUGUACUGACUGCGGCGCACUGCAUCAGCUUUGGUGGCCAACUGCCGACAACAGUGCGUCUGGGCGGCGAUAAUCUAACGCUUAGCAUGGGCGAGGAUCGACAAAUACUGCGUGUGUUCACGCAUCCCAACUACAAUGAAACCACUGCAUAUAAUGAUAUUGCACUGCUGGAACUGGACACGCCAAUCACUAACCUGACUUUUGCCUGCUUGUGGCAAACUACCGAAUUGUCUGCACCAAUUGUGACCGCUAUUGGCUAUGGCCAGAUACAAUUUGCUGGCCUCUCCUCGUCGCAACUGCUCAAGGUGUCGCUGCAGCAUGUGACCAACGAACAGUGCCAGCAGCACUAUUCGCGCGAUGCCCUCAUCGACGGUCUUGCCGAGAGUCAACUGUGUGCCGGCAAUAUUCUCGGCAAGGGCGACACCUGCCAGGGUGAUUCGGGUGGACCGCUGCUGCAGCGGUGGGAUACUAUGUGGCAUGUGGUUGGCAUCACAUCACUGGGACAGGGUUGCGCCAAUGGACCACCAAGCGUUUAUACGCGCGUCUCCAGCUAUCUGGACUGGAUCGAGAGCAUAGUUUGGCCCAAUGUCGGCGAUGUGGCACAGCAGCCAACAUUCGAUCUGCGCGGCUCCGUUGACACAUUGGCCGCAUACAAAUCAAUCAUUUAGCACAUCCGCAACAAAAAAAAAAAGCACUCUGUGUAAAAGCCAAACUGACAAAUGGAAUUCCCACAACUGAAUCAUCCACACAUUUCUCCUUUUGGCAUUACUCAUGCGUAUUUCAAGCGGAACUUUGUAAAGAACACCAAUUCUUGUGUAGUUCACCGUAAAUAUCCAUUUUAUACUAUAGUUAGUUGCCUAAGCUCCUGAAACUACAGAAAUUA